AUGUUGUUUUCGAGGAUACGGCGCGCUGUCCUUGCUGCAGCAGCUCUCACCCCCUCGACUCUUGCCGCAGACACCUCAGACAAGACCGACCUAGGACAAUCAACCUACGUCGCCCCCGAAAACAAUGUCGCAUUCGGCUUCACAGUCCCCGAGAACAGCGGCGAAGAUGUCUUCAUCACAAUCCGCGCACCGCUCGACCGCCAAUGGGCUGCCAUCGGCCUCGGACAGACCCAGAUGGCCGGCAGUCUGAUUCUCAUGAUCUAUCGCGACGAGACGGGAAACAAUGUGACGUUUUCGCCGCGAGUGGCCUACGGCAAUUACGAGCCAACUUACUACGACCAUGUCAAAUGGGAAACCCUUCCAGGAACCGGAGUAUUCAACGGCUCCAUGUUCUUCAGCGCACGCUGCACAGCUCACUGCAGGAAUUGGCCGGGCGGAUAUGUCGACGUGUCUAGUGAAACGCAGAAGGCAAUCUACGCUGUUGGUCCCAAGGGAGGCUUCUUCUCUAAUCGACCCGAGUCGUCAGUCAAGUUCCACGAGGAGUUUGGGCGGUUCACGAUCAACAUGAAGCGCACGAUUGGUCCUGGCGACGCUCCCGUGCUUAAGGAUGACGCCGUGAAUGAGGGUACAUCGCAGGUCGACGCGAAUGACGGAAAGAGGGACUACAAGUCGAUUUUCCAUGCAGUACUGAUGGUCGGCGCCUUGGUCUUCAUGAUGCCCAUUGGCGUCGUGCUCCUGCGCUUGGGUGACAUGGUCCGGUGGCAUGGCCUUAACCAAGGCGUGGCUCUACUCGUCGUCAUCAUCGGUUUUAUCUUGGGUAUCCUAACCAGUUUCUGGUACACCCGCUCUCGCGGGUUCAAUUCUGCUCACCAGAUUCUCGGCUUCAUCGUGGUCGCUUUCUGCAUGGUCCAGUUUGCUCUCGGGUUCUUGCACCACUCCAAGUACAAGAAGACGGGACAGACGACAAUCUACAAAACGGUCCACGUGUGGCUCGGUCGUAUCGUCAUCGCCUUGGGCACCUUCAACGCCUUCCUGGGCUUCUCCUUCGCUCUGAACCGCAAGUUCAACUACUUCCUCGCCGGCCUCAUCAUUCUGCUGCUUGCGCUCUCCAUCUUCUUCACCUUCGGCCGGACGUGGGUCCGCCGUCGUAACGGCCCCGCCAAGUACGGCGCACCGGGUCAACCUGGUGGAUAUAACCCGGAGCCGUGGCGGCAGGCGCCAACACACGGCGGUUAUACUUAUGCAGGCGCUCCGCCGGCAUACCAGCCGCCAUCGGGCAACCAAAACAUUGGGUUGACGAGCAUGGUCGCAGAUCCGGCUCAUCCGACCAAGGAACGCAGCGGCAGCCGCGACUAUCGGGCCAACGACCUCGGAUCAGCGCAUCAACCACGGGAGAUGGUCUAA